AAAAGGUUGUCAAAUGGUGUAGAGCAAUCUCUAUUUUGAUUUUUUCCAACGUUUUCAUCGAGAUUUUCCAUUCGUUCGAAACAAAGGACGAGAGCCAGCAGCAUGUUAUCGCUCUGUAAACAGACCCUGUCUUCCAGCUUGCAAAGGACGGCGGUACGAUGCGCGGGUUCGGUGGUACCGGAAAUGAAAAUCAGCGACUUCGACGUCAAAAACGAACCCGUCCUGAGCUACCUAAAGGGCUCCAAGGAGCGAACUGAGCUGGAGAAGGCCUUGAACGAGGCCUCUUCCACCACCGAAGACGUCCCGAUCGUCAUCGGCGACAAGGAAAUCAGAAAUAACGACGUCAGGUAUCAGGUGAUGCCUCACAAUCACAAGAAGAAACUCGCGAAAUUCUAUUACGCCGAUAAGACUCUGCUGCAGAAAGCUAUCGAGACGGCCUGCGAGGCGCAGAAGAAAUGGGACGCCGUGCCUAUCCCGGAAAGAUUGAGGAUUUGGGAAAAGGCCGCCUCUCUAAUGGCCAACGAGUACCGAGCGAAAUUAAACGCCGCUACAAUGCUGGGCCAAGCGAAGACGAUUAUCCAGGCCGAAAUCGACUCCGCCGCCGAACUGAUCGACUUCUUUAGACUAAACUCGUAUUUCCUGAAAGAAGCGACCAAAUACCAACCGAUCUCGGAGGACCCGAAGGUCACCAAAAACUCGAUGCGCUACCGCGGCAUCGACGGCUUCAUAGCCGCCGUCUCCCCGUUCAAUUUCACCGCCAUCGGCGGCAACCUGGCCUACACGCCGGCGCUAAUCGGCAACGCGGUGCUGUGGAAGCCCAGCGACACGGCGCUGCUCUCCAACUGGACGAUCUUCAACAUCUGCCGCGAGGCCGGCGUGCCCCCCGGCGUCGUGAACUUCGUGCCCGCCGACGGGCCCGUGUUCGGUGACACCAUCACCGCUUCGCCCCAUUUGGCCGGGAUCAACUUCACCGGAAGCGUACCGACGUUUACGAGGUUGUGGAAGCAGGUGGGCGAGAACAUCGGCAUUUACAGGAACUUCCCGCGGUUGAUCGGCGAAUGCGGCGGUAAAAACUACCACUUUAUUCAUCCCACGGCCGAUGUGGAUUCGGUGGUGAACGGCACCAUAAGGAGCGCGUUCGAGUUCUGCGGGCAGAAGUGCAGCGCCUGCUCGAGGAUGUACGUGCCGGAGUCGUUGUGGCCCAAAAUUAAAGAGGGAUUGUUGGCGAAGAGGAGCCAAUUGAAGAUAGGGGAUCCCACGGAUCCUCACAGCUUCACGUCCGCUGUAAUCGAUGAUAAAGCCUUCAAGAGGAUCAAGGGGUACAUUGAUCACGCCAGGAGUUCGUCGAAUUUGGAGAUUAUCGGCGGUGGAAAAUGCGAUGAUAGUGUUGGUUACUUCAUCGAGCCCACCAUAGUCGAAUCGAAGGAUCCCAAGGAUAAAAUCAUGGUGGAGGAGAUAUUCGGGCCGGUGCUCGCUGUUUACGUGUACAAAGACGCCAAGGUUAAGGAGACGAUCGAUCUGAUCGGUACGUCGACGUCGUUCGCUCUGACCGGCGCCAUUUUCGCACGAGACGAGAAGUUCCUGAAGAGCGCCGUGGAGGAAUUGAAGAUGACUGCCGGUAACUUUUAUGUGAAUGAUAAAUCGACGGGGAGCGUUGUCGGGCAACAGCCCUUCGGUGGUGCUAGGUUAUCAGGUACCAACGACAAGGCGGGCGGUCCACACUACGUGUUGAGAUGGGGAAACCCUCAAGCUAUCAAAGAAACAUUUGUACCUCUCUCAGAAAUCGAAUAUCCCUACAUGAAGCAGUAGAUACACGACACGAGUAACUUUAAGUUUCGAAUUCAAUUUUAGCGUACGUGCUUUUGCUGUACGCCGGAAGCCUGACGUUCGCGGCGUCGGGAUUUGUACGUUAUUUGUUUAUUUUAUUAGUAUUUUUAUAAUUAAAAAAGAAACGCGUCGCUCUCGAAGACGUGAGGCUUUCGGCUUCCAACUGAAUUGUUGUUAGUACGAGUUACCCACUCAAGAAUAUCGUUAUAGCGUAGUGUAAUAAUAUUGUUGGUUAUCAUGAAUUCGUAAAUAUCACGGUAUUUAGGCGAAUAAACUAGAAGUAAUGAUGUCGUGGACUGUCGAAAGGAUUGUGAAUUUUUUUUUUGCAUUGUAAGUAACUUUCUAACGUAUUCAUUCUAUAAAUUCGACUUUUUUUUGCCGGACGGUACCAAAGUAGUAUUGUGAAGUUACUUUUAGGAAAUAAAUGAAUGGAAGUCAAUAAGAUUUUGAUAUUAAAAUAUCGUUUUAUUUUUAAGGAAUCGCUUGAAACAAUUUACAAGGGGGCGGACUGGACGCCUCUUUUAAGACAAUAUUAAUGCUAAAUAGAUUUAAAAAAAAUAAUUAAAGUUGUGUAUACAGUGUUAGGUAAUUCUCUUUUUUGUUGUUGUCGAUUACUUUGUAUAAUGUGUAAAAUUAUUUAUUUAUGCAUGUUGUAAAUUUCUGGUUAUUUUUAUUUAUGUCGAUAAUGUGUACAUUACAGGAAUACAAAAUAUUAAAAAAAUGAAUAGUAGCAAUAAAUCAUUGUCUGGACCGUCCUCAGUUCAUUUAACCACGUUUAGGGUAUUUCAAUUAACAGUUUAGUAAAAAAACUAUCCUUUCCUUCAUAAUAAUCACCUACGCAAAUCAUUAUAAUUAUGUAAAAAAUAAAUAAAACAAUAUUUCGAAUGCAAAAAUGAUAUAGUCCUCACGAAUUCAAACAUAUUUAAAGCUUACAGUAGGAAUUUCAAUCACUAAUUUAAUAAAUCCAUGCUAAAUAUAACAAUAAAUAACCAUUUAUUAACGUAGAAUAAAACAACUUCAUUAAAUAAAUAAAAAGUACCACACAUUGCAAAAAACCGCAAAACUAAACAUAAUUUCAAAUCAAUUUUACAACACUAAUUAAUAAAUCGAUUAACCUUAUUGUUACAUUUUCACCAGCCUGUUUGUAUGAACAGUUUGUGAAUUUUGAGAGGCCGCUUUCUUAAGAUGGUUCUUACCUUUUAUGUGCAAUUUGAAAUGAACCCCCGAAGAAAGAGUGAUGUUACAUAAGGGGCAAUAAUAUUCACCCGAGGGUGUCCUGUAUACAGAUAAAUCCGGAUCUAUAUCUCCCGAACCUAAAACAAUACAUUUUUAACUCGCACGAUUACAUUUCUCGAGAGUCUCACUUUUCACGGAAGCAUCCGGAUUGAUUCCGACAAUCCCCAAUUCUUUCAAUUUCUUGAUAUGCUUCUGACCGCCGUAAUGAAUUUCUAAUUGCUCUUGACAGGUAGUACCGACAUUACAAAUGCUACAAUGGAAUUUAGAUUGUACCGGUACCACUGCUGGUUUACUCGUACUCGCCAAUAGUGGUUCCUCUUCGGUGGUUUUCGCCUUUUUAAAAUCCAUUCCGAACGUGUCUUCUUCAUCAUUCGAAGCGACCCGCUUCAUUUUUCUGGA